AUGGCCGCGUCCACCCUGUCCGUCUGCUCCAGCGACCUGAGCUAUGGCAGCCGCGUCUGCCUGCCCGGAUCCUCGGACUCCUGCCCCGACUCCUCCUGGCAGGUGGACGACUGCCCAGAGAGCUGCUGCGAGCCCCCGUGCUGCGCCCCGGCCCCCUGCCUGACCCUCCUGUGCGGCCCCUCUUCCCCCUGCCAGGGAGACUGCUGCACCCCUGCGUGCUGCAAGCCCGUCUGCUGCACCCCUGUCUGCUGCAAACCCAUCUGCUGCACCCCUGUGUGCUGCAAGCCCGUGUGCUGCACCCCUGUCUGCUGUGAGGACUCCCCCUGCACAACCUCUUCAUGCUGCCAGCCGUCCUGCUGCACCUCCUCCCCCUGCCAGGGAGACUGCUGCACCCCUGUGUGCUGCAAGCCUGUGUGCUGCACCCCUGUCUGCUGCCAGGACUCCCCCUGCACAACCUCUUCAUGCUGCCAGCCGUCCUGCUGCACCUCCUCCCCCUGCCAGGGAGACUGCUGCACCCCUGCGUGCUGCAAGCCCGUGUGCUGCACCCCUGUCUGCUGCCAGGACUCCCCCUGCACAACCUCUUCAUGCUGCCAGCCGUCCUGCUGCACCUCCUCCCCCUGCCAGGGAGACUGCUGCACCCCUGUGUGCUGCAAGCCUGUGUGCUGCACCCCUGUCUGCUGCAAACCCGUCUGCUGCACCCCUGUGUGCUGCGAGGACUCCCCCUGCUCAGCCCCGUCCUGCUGCCAACCCAGCCCCUGCUGCAGGCCCUCCUCCUGCGUGUCCCUGCUCUGCCGCCCCGUGUGCAGGCCCACCUGCUGCACCCCUGUCUCCGCCUGCUGCGCCCCUGCCUCCUCCUGCUGCCGCCCAGCCUCCUGCGUGUCCCUGCUCUGCCGCCCCGUGUGCCCCCGCCCUGCCUGCUGCGGCCCCGCCUCAGGCCAGUCCUGCUGCUGA